CAAUUAUUAUGAGGGAAGUACAUGGUCCGACAGAGUCGCAGUAGCGAACUCGUGAUCAUGUGACGCUACGUUACUUUCCCGGCACAAUCCCAGACGCAACGGCUCCAUAUCAUCGCUUUACACAGUCCUACUACCCCCACGCCUUGCUUUCGGUAUGGCGGACGGAGAGAGGUCCCCGUUACUGGCAGAUCUCGGAGAUGGUGGUCUUGGGGGUGGUAACGGCGGAGUAUCACCUGGCUCGGCUCCUUAUGGUUUACCAAAUAAGCCACAAAGCUUUCCUCCCUUCCCCAGCCCCACCCAGCCCUCAGUGCUUAUGGGGGAGGACCCUCCUCCGUACUCCCCUCUCACCUCCCCAGAGAGUGGCAGUGUGCCAGGCAUCAGCUGUAGAGUGUGUCAGAGCCUCAUCAGCGUGGAGGGGAAGAUCCACCAGCAUGUGGUCAAGUGUGGGGUCUGCAACGAGGCUACGCCCAUCAAGAAUGCGCCUGCAGGGAAGAAGUAUGUCCGCUGCCCCUGUAACUGUCUGCUCAUCUGCAAAGUCACCUCCCAGAGGAUCGCCUGUCCCCGGCCCUACUGUAAGAGGAUAAUAAACCUGGGUCCGGUCCACCCUGGUCCAGCCAGCCCUGACCCCCAGCCGGCCGGAGCUCGGGUCUCCUGUGGACACUGCAGCAAUACUUUCUUGUGGACAGAGUUUACUGACAAGACACUCGCCAGGUGCCCACACUGCAAGAAAGUCUCCUCUAUUGGUCAGAGGUACCCUCGAAGGCGGAGCUUGUGGUGUUUUCUACUAUGCUUGCUUUUCAGCAUCUCCACUGCUGGGCUGGUGGCUGGUACGUGGGUGAAGGCCCAGGACUAUGGGGGUAUCUAUGCCUCCUGGGCCGUGCUGAUCCUGUUGGUACUCCUUACCCUGGGCAGGGCUCUGUACUGGGCCUGCAUGCGUGUUAGUGAGCCCCUACAGAACUUCACAUAGACACACACGUGUAGGUUGAAGUUGCCCCUAGAUGCUGAUCUUGGGUCAGUUUCGCAUUUCCCCCUUUAAAUGGCUAUCGUUAAGAUUGUGGGAUGAGAAGCUGAUCUCCUAGAUGUGUACCUAGGGGAAACUUCACCCCAAAGCCACACAAACAGGGGAGAGGAGACCCGCAGGAGCAAGGGGGGGAGCUUUUAAAAUAAUAUUUAUUUAAACUGGAAAUUAAAAAACAAAGUUUUCCUCCUCCUUCCCUUUAGUCUGUUCAAUGUGUUUCCAAACUGGAUGAUGAACAUUUACUUACUCCCGAAGGAGCAGUAGUGUGACUGCUGCAUUACUAGUUCAAUUAGUUUUAACAUGUUCAACUACUGUCCCUUCCCUGUUUUUAAUCACUCAGGCCCUGCCAUGGCUCAGUGGAAGAAAGUCUUCAAUUAUGACAUGACCCUCGGAAAAGACUGCUACUUCGCAACACUGAUCUCAUGUUCUGUUUUUGGGCAUUUUACAUGAUGGAUUUGUUUUGGUAAACCCUUGAAGCAUUUUAGAAAGGCAAAUUAAGCUAAAAUGAGGCCAGUGCAAAGUAAAUGCCACCCAUGUUACCCUCCCUUGUCUGUCAUGGUGCAUAAUCUGUGGGACUGGCAGUCUUUGAUCCAAAGUAGCUUGGAAAGCCUUAAAAGCAGUUUAGUUUUUAUUUAACCUUUCAUUUAAUUUAACUAGGCAAGUCGGUUAAGAACAAAUUAUUAUUUACAAAUGACGGCCUACCCCGGCCAAACUCUGACGCUGUGCCAAUUGUGCGCCGCCCUAUGGGACCACCAAUCGUGGCCGGAUGUGAUACAGCCUGGAUUCGAACCAAGGACUGUAGUGGCGCCUCUUGCACUGAGAUGCAGUGCCUUAGACGCUGCGCCACUUGGGAGCCAAGUUCGAGAGAGAGCUUGAGAUGAGGCUGUUCAAUCUUACUAGACACACACAGCCCUUCUCUCUCUUACACACACACACACACACACACACACACACACACACACAGAGCUAAUAGCUUAGAUGUUAGCUGUCAGUGUAACCCAUAGAUGUACACUGUACUAUAGAGCAUCAAAAUGAUGAAAGCCCUCAGUGGUGCUGCCCAUGUUAAACAGGCUUUGGGUCAGGUGUGCCCACUUCCCAGCUAUGGUCAAACUACAGUACAUCUUUGCCUGGCUACCCAUCUAACGUUUCUUCUCCACAAUGAGUCGGGAUUUGCUUUCCUCCCUGACCCUUUGAAAAUGUGUCAACAUUUUGACUGUUCUGAUUGGUCCCAGAAACCGAUGAGUUGGGCCUGAUAUGAAUCACGUCAUAUUGACAUCGGCACAAAUGACUAGGAUGGCAGGUUCAGGCUGACAUGUGGAGCGAUCCAUAGAGCAGUGGAAUUAAAUUGGGUUUGAGUCGUCAGGCAAAAUCUACCCUCCAUGAUCAAAAUGAGUCCUUGAUGACUGAAGCAGGCUGUGGUUGUUGUAGACCCUGUGCCUCGGCGAGGCUGUCCUUCAGGUUGGGAUUACGUCCCAAAUGGCACCCUAUUCCCUAUAUAGAGCACUCCUUUUGUCCAGAGCCCAUAUUGCUCUGGGCAAAAGUAGUGCACUAAAUGGGGAGUAGGGUACCAUUUGGGAUGCUGUCAGGGUGAGGAAACAGUCAGUGAAGAGAAUACACUACCUGCAAAUUCACAGUCAAACUAACCCUAUAACACUAACUUGUCUGUGGUUCUGAUUAUGGUAGUUUAUAUAUAUUUUUUAUUACAGAUAUGUUAGUUUGUUUUAAUUAAUUGUACAUAUGUUGUUCAUGUGAGUAAUUAUUACUAAGCAGAUAUUCUGUUGAACUCGUGCAUAACACUACAUGACUGAUUCUUGGAGAACUGUUUUGUUGAUUUAAUAGGGUUAUUUUUGCAACCCUUUUUAAUGGAAUCUGGAAAGUUGUUACUGAUUUGAUGACCUACUAACCCAUUAAACCUCUGGACAAUGUGUCAAUCUUAAAUCGCACACACAAAUAGUUAACCACAAAAUGUCCACAUUAAUUGCGUAGUUUUACACACGCAGCUCUUAGAUGGUUACCCUGCUUGACAGAACUGUUACAGUAGCAGCUCUUAGA